GAUUUUGUGUGGUUGUUCGAAACAAUGUCUAGCAGUGAAACUGAAAAUAGUGAAAAAUGUGAAAAAUCAUUGAAAUCUAAACGAUUUCUACAAAAAACCAUCAGGGAAUUGAGGCAGUUGGAAGAAGACAAAUUAUUUCAAUAUAUAGAACGUCUGCACAAUCUGCUAAACCGGAAUGAAAGAAAAUUAAAAAAAUACAAAGCCAAGACGAAAAAAUUGCAAAAGCAGGUUGACGGUUUUCAAAAUUCGCCCAAAAUCAUACAAAAUCAAAUAAAAUCAACAGAUCAAAGCCGUUUACUCGAAGAAGUGACUACACAGGAACAAAGCAAAAAAGACGAAGAUCAAAAUAAGCAUUUAAACGAAAACGAAACAAGUGAUCCGAAUGAAAUUUCAGCUAAUGAUGCCUUUACUUUUGUGGACGAGAUGCGCCAAGCAGCCCAAAACGCUCAAAAUAUCAGCAACUUUGUUUACGAGCCAACAUCAGGAUUAUAUUAUGAUCAAAACUCUGGGUAUUAUUACAAUGCGGAGUACGGAUUGUAUUAUGAUGGUAACACAGGAUGCUAUUACCGUUUCAAUGAUGAGAAAAACUCUUAUGAAUUUCAUUCGCAAGUCCAGGUUCAACCUACUAAAACAAAGGAUAUCACCAGUGACAAUUACUUGCAGGACGAUGACGAGGUAAUAUUUGACGAGUUUGGUGUGGUAACUGACCAACAGAAGCUUAAAAUAUUACGCGAGGAAAAAGAGCAAGAAAAAAGAGAUAAAGAACAGCAUAAACAGAGGAAAGGCAGGACGACCACAGAGCAUAAAGGAAGUGAAAAAUCUAAAAAACGUAAGCAUUCUCGUAAACGUUCACUUUCUGGUAGUGACAUGGAGAGCGAUAAAAAAGUUAAAGCGGAUAUUGAAGACGGCGAAUUAUCAACAUCGAGCAGUAGCGGCGUCAACGAUAACAGCGAUACUAACUCAGAGGAAGACAAGCAAAAGGUACCGGUUUUUAAGAGCGGUGGUCGUUUUCAAGAUAUUGCCAAAAAAUAUCCUCCUUCUUUACGUAUAAUUGUCCAGGAGACUAAUCUUGAAGACUUAAAGGUGGGUAGCUUAAGUAUUAUUACUUAUAAAGGCGGCAGUUUAGGACGAGAAGGUAAUCACGAUGUUAUUAUACCUGAUGUCAACGUUUCUAAAUAUCACCUGAAAUUUAUAUACGACACAAAAAAAUCGGUUUAUAAAUGCGUCGACUUGGGUUCGCGCAAUGGAACUCUGUUAAAUGGCCAACGUAUGUCUGUAUCUAAAUCGGAAAGUGACUGUCAUAAUAUAGUUCACGGGAGCGUUUUGCAAAUUGGUCAAACUAAACUGUUGUGUCACGUGCACGAAGGUAACAGUACUUGUGGAUUAUGCGAACCUGGUUUGUUAAUCGAUUCAUCACGUGAAACAUCUACCGGUUCUGCUGUCGUUCUCUCGCAUAAAGAACAACUAAAGAAAUUACAGAAAAAGUAUGGCUUAGAGAAUGAAAAAUUUGUUGAUGCCAAACAACAAACUUCCAACAACUAUAAUGACAGAGCUGCUACGAGACGUUUACAUGUUGGCAGUAGCACGGAUAAAGAGAAAACUCAAACAGCCUCUGUGGACACCGAAAUCCCUAGUGACAAUAAAGGAUUCAAAAUUCUUUCGAAACUUGGCUGGAGUAAAGGAGAAGCAUUAGGCAAGACUACCACAGGUCUUCUUGAGCCCAUCAAUGUCGAAUGUAAUACCGGCACUAAAGGUUUCGGUUGUCAAGAUUCUAUUGCGGCCACAAAGUUAAGCUCAUCCGAGAAGAAGAAAUUGGAAAUGAUGAAGAAGACUCAGCAACGUUAUCAAAAUGCUGACAUAUUCGACAUUAAUGAUAAAAGUAGUUAAAUUAAUUCUACUAAAAUGGCAUGUUUGUUACCACUAAUAUAAUAAAAAAUUAUUCGAUCC